AUCUCUUAAACUCUUCAUCCUCUUCUUCAGGCCAACGACACCCUGUGCCUAUACGACCUCUCUUCUGCCACUGAGAUCCUGACACAGAACUAUAAUGCAGUUCAAGGAGUUCGACGCUUUCCCCAAGGUCGAGUCCGGCUUUGUGAAGCGGACAGGGACGGGCGGCAUCUUGACCUUAGUUGUCACAGCGAUCCUCUGCAUCCUUGUCGUCGGUGAAAUCAAGGACUAUAUGACCCUUCGCAACGACUACAAGUUCUUGGUCGACCCUCUUGUCAACCACGAGCUGCAGAUUAAUCUCGAUAUCACAAUCGCAAUGCCAUGCAAUGCAUUGUCGAUCGAUCUUCGGGAUAUCGCCGAGGUGCAGCUUCGACUUUCGGACAAAGUCCACAAGAUCCCAACAGAUUUCUCGCUGGGAUCCUCAACUCAUUCAAAGAACAUCCGCAACAAACCUCUGAACGUUCAAAAACUGAUCAGGGCUGCCAGCAGGACGGCAGCGCUGGAAAAAGCAUCCACACAAACGGAUACCGACUUUAAGGCUUGCAGGAUCGUCGGAAGUUUUGAGGCAAACAAACUAAGCGGCAAUAUGCACAUUACUGCAGUUGGACAUGGAUAUCCAGGAGCACAUAUUGAUCAUCACGUGAUGAACAUGACGCACAAGAUUGACGAGCUGUCGUUUGGAGAGUUGUACCCGACCAUUGUCAACCCAUUGGACGAUAGUUUCGAGAUUUCAAAGUCAGCAUUCGAAGCAUUCCAGUACUUUUUGGUCGUAGUUCCUACGAUUUACGUCGACCGCUCGAAAAAGGAACUCUUAACGAACCAAUAUUCUGUCAGUGAAUAUCGCCGGACAUUCGGGGAUGACCAAGGCGUGCCUGGGUUGUUCUUCAAAUACGAUUUUGAGCCGAUGACACUGAUGAUUUCCGAAGAGUCGUCAAUGUCGUUUGGGCAUUUGCUGGUCCGGCUCGCAGGUCUUGUCGGAGGGUAUUAUGUGACCGCGGGCAUGGCGCAUAAGGUUCUGAGUGCGAUCUAUUAUUUCUUCAAACCGGAGCAGGCGCCCUUGAGGAGGCAUAAUGUUUGAUAAAUGAAGAGGAGAAAGCAAAGCAAAAGCAGCAUGCAUGCAUGCAACAUAUAAUUUCCUAGGCAAAUCUCGGUAUCCUAUCACUCUGUCGCGGUGAUUUUGGUAUUUAGAAUACACUAAGCAAAUAAAUAGCCAAUGCAGCACUUCUACAACUGGG